AAUGAAAUAUGGGCAGGUAGACUGAAACAGGGUCCAUGGGUGCAAACGGGUCGGAAAAGUACCCAACAGAGCUUCACAAAUUCAACACCUAAACUAAACCCCCAAAUUACCAAUUUCAACAUAGCCUAACUACUAUUGGAGUUAAAUUAUACAUACACACACAUCUAUAUAUAAAUUAGCUAGGGUUUUGAAUGAUAAACUCUUUUGAUUUGAUCUACAAUGGGCGCUAGCAGAAAAUUACAAGGCGAGAUCGAUCGAGUUCUGAAGAAGGUUCAAGAAGGCGUCGAUGUAUUCGAUAGCAUUUGGAACAAGGUGUAUGAUACUGAUAAUGCGAAUCAGAAGGAAAAGUUCGAGGCGGACUUGAAGAAGGAAAUUAAGAAGCUCCAGAGGUAUAGAGACCAGAUCAAGACAUGGAUUCAAUCCAGUGAGAUUAAGGAUAAGAAGGUUAGUGCCUCUUAUGAGCAGGCUCUGAUGGAUGCACGAAAACUUAUUGAGCGUGAGAUGGAAAGAUUUAAGAUAUGUGAAAAGGAAACAAAAACUAAAGCGUUCUCUAAGGAAGGUCUUGGUCAACAGCCUAAAACAGACCCAAAGGAGAAGGCUAAAUCCGAAACAAGGGAUUGGUUAAACAACGUGGUUUCAGAGUUGGAAUCCCAAAUUGAUAGCUUUGAAGCUGAGAUGGAGGGGCUGACCGUUAAAAAAGGGAAAACCAGGCCACCUAGAUUGACACAUUUGGAAGCUUCUAUAACUCGACACAAAGCUCAUAUCAUGAAGUUAGAAUUGAUCCUUAGGCUCUUGGAUAAUGAUGAACUGAGUCCUGAUCAGGUCAAUGAUGUCAAGGAUUUCUUGGAUGACUAUGUGGAACGUAAUCAGGAGGACUUUGAAGAGUUCAAUGAUGUUGAUGAACUUUACAUUUCUUUACCACUGGAAAAGGUGGAAUCUCUUGAAGAUCUGGUCACGAUACCCCCUGGCCUUGUCAAGGGUGUUGGUGCAACCAGUGCAAUUUUAAGUUUGAAACCCUCUCUGACAACAUCUUCAGCUCAACUGCCGGCUGCUCUGACAUCUACAGACCAGCCGAGUUCUUCUGUCCUUGAGCAAGUUGAAGAGACUGUUUUCCAAGACAGUACUUCAGAUGUUCCAAAAACUCCAUCUUCUAAAAGUACUGCUGUUGGUGCUUCUGCUCCAACACCACCAACAGGUAGCCAUACGACUGGCAUUCCAAAUAACACUGCUCAUAUCUUACCUGGCAUGUCUACUGCUUCAGCAAUACAGUCAGGUCCAAGUCCUGCUAAGGGGAUGUUGGAAAUUGCUUCUGCUGUUGUUUCUUCGGCUCCAGUAAGUAUAUCUGUUUCUACCAAGGAAGAAGAAUUUACUGGUUCUCCUGGUCGCAAAUCAUCCCCUGCUCUUUCCGAAACUGGUUUAAGAGGUGUUGGUAGAGGUAGCCUGUCCAGUCCACUAUCAACUGCUAAUCCUCCAAGUUCUGGCAGUACUAUUCCUAACAAUGGAGCCUUUGGUGCAUUAACUCCUGCCUCCGAAAUUGCAAAGAGAAAUAUGGUAGGUGCUGAUGAGAGACUUGCCGGUACUGGUAUAGUGCAGCCAUUGGACUCCCCUCUGAGUAAUAGAAUUAUGUUGUCGCACGCUGCUAAAGCUUUCGAUGGAAUUAACAUGACUGAGAAUGGGAAUCUUGGUGAAGCUGCAGGUAUUUCCCCCAGGAUUUUCUCUCCUGGGAUGCAAUGGAGGCCUGGAAGUUCCUUUCAAAACCAAAAUGAAGUGGGGCAGCUUCGUGGAAGAACUGAAAUUGCACCUGACCAGAGGGAGAAGUUUUUACAGCGUCUCCAACAGGUACAACAAGGUCAAAGUACUAUGCUGGGCAUGCCUCCCCUUGCUGGUGAAAAUCACAAGCAAUUUUCAUCACAGCAACACAAUUCGCUCCUACAGCAGUUCAAUUCUCAGAGCUCAGCUGCCUCACCUCAAGUUGGGUUAGGAAUUGGAGUUCAAGCACCUAGUGUCAGCACUGUCACAUCUGCCUCGUUGCAACAGCAGCCAAAUCCGACUCUUCAACAACAAUUUAGUCAGCAUGGACCAAUGUCAACUAGUCUUAAAGAUUCAGAUGUAGGUCAUGCAAAAGUUGACGAGUUGCAGCACCAGCCGAAUGUAUCCGAUGAUUCAGCUGCCGAAUCUUCCCCGAGGACAGGCGUUGUCAAGAAUCUCAUGAACGAGGAUGAUAUAAAAGCUUCAUAUGCUUUAGACACACCAGGUGGAGUGACUGGAUCCUCAACAGAGGCCGCCCAAAUGCCAAGAGACGUUGAUCUCUCUCCUGGGCAACCUCUACAAUCCAAUCAGUCUUCAGGAAGCCUUGGUGUUAUUGGUCGGAGAAGUGUUUCUGACCUUGGUGCCAUUGGUGGACCAUCUCUGAAUUCUGCGGGUAUGCAUGAUCAAUUAUACAAUUUGCAGAUGCUUGAGUCUGCAUAUUACAAACUUCCUCAGCCAAAAGACUCAGAACGUGCAAAGAGCUACACCCCAAGGCACCCUGCCAUAACCCCUUCCAGUUAUCCUCAAGUACAGGCCCCUAUUGUCAAUAAUCCUGCCUUUUGGGAAAGACUUGGAGCUGAUAAUUAUGGCACUGAUACCCUAUUUUUUGCAUUUUACUAUCAACAGAAUACUUAUCAGCAAUAUCUGGCUGCAAAGGAAUUAAAGAAGCAAUCAUGGAGAUUCCAUAAAAAAUACAACACGUGGUUUCAACGACACGAGGAGCCAAAACUGGCCACUGAUGAUUAUGAGCAGGGGACAUAUGUGUACUUUGAUUUCCAUAUCAGUGACGAGUCGCAGCAUGGAUGGUGCCAAAGAAUCAAGACCGAGUUCAGAUUCGAGUACAACUAUCUUGAAGAUGAACUUAUCGUUUGAAAUGUAUAUAGUCCCUAGAUACUGUGGAUUGGAGAUUAAAAUGUAGUUUUGAUCAUGCAUUGUUUUCUUUAUUUCCUGUCAACGUUUACAAACUGUAUUCAGCAUUCAAAUCGCAUCAGUGAAAUUGUGUAUUUUUCGCUAUCUAAUAAAUCCCGCAAGUUUCCAGUA